AAGAAAAUAGGCAUAAUAAGUCAUUAUUAAAUCAAAAAUUAUUUUUUUAAUAAUGUAAUUAAGAGAAAUGAUCAUCUUUCCAACAAAAGAAGAUAGACAUACCUACAAUAAAAUUGUUAAAAGGAUUUUUCCAAGUGUACAUUUAAUAAAUCAGAGAUUGAUUUGAGAAAAAAGUUGAAAAAUUUCGCCCAUUUAUUUAAUUAAAUUAAUACAGAUAAAAUGGGACAAACUCUUAGUGAACCUGUGACAGUUAAGGAAACGGCAAUUUGUCAAGAUGAGAACUAUAAAGUCGCUUCUUCGAGCAUGCAAGGAUGGAGAACAUCCAUGGAAGAUUCUCAUACACACAUUCUAUCACUCCCCGAUGAUCCAGACACUGCUUGGUUCAGUGUUUUCGAUGGACACGGUGGAUCAAUUGUUGCAAAAUAUUCCAGUAAACAUCUUCACAAAUAUGUGAUUCAACGUCCAGAAUAUCCUAAUGACAUCCCAGAAGCACUUCGACAGGCACGUACAAAAAAAAAAUCAGGAUUUCUUGACAUUGAUACUGCGAUGCUGAAUGAAGAGCAAAUAAAGGAACAAAUGGCAGGAACGACAGCUAUUUGCUGCAUGAUUCGAGAUAACAAGCUUUAUUGUGCAAAUUCUGGAGAUUCACGAGCAAUCGCAUGUAAAAAUGGGAACCUUGUCACAUUAAGUAACGAUCAUAAACCAAACAAUCCUGAAGAGAUGGAUCGAAUUUAUAAUGCUGGCGGAUGGGUAGAAUUCAACAGAGUAAAUGGAAAUUUGGCAUUGUCUAGAGCUUUAGGUGAUUUCUUGUUCAAACGCAACCAGUUAAUUCCAGCAGAGCAACAAAUUGUUACAGCAUUGCCGGAAGUAUCUGUUCACGAUUUGUCAGAAGACUGGGAUUUCCUUGUCUUAGCAUGCGAUGGAAUUUGGGAUGUUCUUACAAAUCAGGCUGUCGUAAACUUUGUGAUGGAGUCGAUAGCGGAAGGAAAAUAUCCCGAGAGCAUUUGCGAAGAACUGCUGACUUACUGCCUAGCACCCGUCUGUCAAAUGGGAGGAUUAGGAGGCGACAAUAUGACGAUAAUAAUCAUAUGUUUCCUUCACGGGAAGCCCUGGCAGCAUUUGGUUGACAAAUGCAAAAAGUAUCAUGCAGAGAAGAAAGCAUUGUCAAAAUUACUCGAGCCAGCAUUCAGUACCUUUGAUCGUUUUGCCGCCGAUGGACCAUUUUCUGAAGUUUCUGUUUUGAAAGCGUCUGACGAUUCGCAAAAUUCAAAUGAAAGUUCAUCACAUACAUCAUCUCCCUCAUCGUCUCCAAUUUCAACUGAAGAUAAGUUUGAUGGCAUUUUAACUGAGAUAUUAGAGCUACACGAAGCAAAUGAUGAGAAAAUGAUUGCCGUAACUGAUACAAAAGUCCUUGAACAAGAUUCCAAAAUUUCAUCACAAAAUGCAGAUGGUGAAGUUGAAACUGUCAAAGUUAUCGAGGUCAUCAGUUCAACUGUAAUCGAGUCAAAAGUGCCUGACUCGUCGACGUCCACAGCUAAUGUGAGUAAUGGUGAUUCCAAUUGA